CAUUGGCGCUCCCGCGGGGUGUAGGGAGGGGUCGAGCGGCGAUGGCGUGGUUGUCUGGGCCCUGCUGAGCCGGGCCCGGCUCUGUGCCCGUCCCCUGUCCCUUCCCUGCCGCGCGGGUUGGUUUCGCCCUGCGCACUGGUAGCGCCCGCAGCUGCCGCCGCCCGGAGGUGGCGGGGCGGCCGCGGCCGCGGCGAUGAUGAAGGGGGCGCUGGGGAGCCCGGUGGGCGCCGCCAUGCAGGAGAGCUUCGGCUGCGCCGUCGCCAACCGCUUCCACCAGCUGCUGGACGAUGAGUCCGACCCCUUCGACGUCCUCCGCGAGGCCGAGCGCCGCCAGCAGCAGCGCAGGAAGCGCGAUGAGGCCGCGGCCGCCGCCGGCGGCAGGAAAGCCGGCCCCGGCCAGAGACCCGGCCCCGCCGCCGGCAAGAGGGAGUCCCAGAAAGAGCGCAAGGUCCUGCAGCCCGAGAGCCCCGCGGCGCCCGGAGCCCCGCCGCAGCCCGGUCAGAAGCGAGCUCCUAAAAGGGGAGAACAACAAGGAUGGAAUGAUAACAGGGGAACGGAGGUAAAACAAGACAAAGCCGAAUGGAAACCUUCCUUCAGGGAAUACCGUCCCUAUGAAAAGGAGAGACAAGUGGAGUUCACAGUAGAAAAGCCAGUUGACAGAUUUGACCGGGAAAGACCAAUGAGAGGUCGUGGAGGAGGAAGAGGUGGAAUGCGAAGCAGAGGAAGAGGUGGUGGGAUGAACAGAAGUCUUAAUGGCUAUGACCAAAGAGGGAAACGGGAAUUUGAAAGACAGAGUGGGAGUGAUAAAACUGAGAUGGAACAGACUGCUCCUGUGGAAGAGACUGCAGAAACAGAGGAUCACCAAGGGACACCUGAAGGAGAACCUCUGACCAAAGUUGCUGAAGGGGAGCCAGUGGAAGAAGUAGCUCAAGAAAUGACUUUAGAUGAGUGGAAAAAUCUGCAGCAACAAAGUCGACCAAAGCCUGAAUUCAACAUCCGGAAGCCAGAAUCCACUGUUCCUUCCAAAGCAGUGGUGAUUCACAAGUCAAAGUAUAGAGAUGAUAUGUUAAAGGAGGAUUUUGAGGAUGACUCCCACAUCUUCCGAAAAGCAGCUAAUGAUAUAACUUCUCAGCUGGACAUUAACUUUGGGAAUCUUCCUCGUCCUGGGCGUGGAGCCAGAGGAACACGAGGAGGUCGUGGACGUGUCAAAAGAGUCGAAGAUACUGGGCCUAGACCAGAAGUGGUGACACAAAUCAUUGCUCCAAAUCCUGAUGACCCUGAGGAUUUUCCUGCUUUAGCUUGAAAGAACUGUCCUGAAUGACAGCACCUCCAAGUAGCUGUGAAGAGACCAGUUUUAUGUUGCUGUGGAAAAGGAUCAUCUGAGUCUGAAGGAAAAAUGGAUUUUUUUUUUCUUGUGUGAAAUGAUUGCACUUCUAUGGUAUUGAGGGAAGGGGGCUCUGGAGAUCAAUGGACUGGGAUCUUGCUACAGAUUCCAGCACCUCCUUUUGGGAUAACUGUGUGAAGGCUUAUGGUAUUAUACUCAAGGGAUUGCAAUAAAGUUCAAGAGUACAGUGUUUAAAAUGUGUAUAUAAAGAUAAUUUAGAAUUUUCCAUGAAAGCACAGUGAAAUGUAAGCUGUACAACAUGGUCUGCUAUUGGAAAUCUGUAGCAAACCCCUGUAGACACUUGAAGGCUGCUUUCCCUACUCCAUUGAGUGAAAUGUACCUUUGCAUAUUUUAAGCAGUUAUACCGCAAUUUUCAUAAGUUGACAAAUAAAGAAAACUGUUAAUUGGU